AGCCGGGGAGGAGCCGCCGCCCCCCCUGAGCCUGACGGACAGCAGCUCGGAGGGCUCGGACUGCAGCGCCUCGGAGGAGGCCAAGCUGCUCUCGCUGGAGCUGGGGCUCAGCGGCAGCGACCCCGAGUCCCCGGGCAGCGCCCCGGCCCUGCUCUCCGGCCAGGGCAUCUCGCCGCCGCCCGACGAGCCCUCCGCCGUCUCCAUGGCCAGCAGCCGCCUGCACCUCAGCACCUCGCUGGCCUUCUCCGACCUCGCCGAGGAGCUGCUGGACGCGGGGCAGGAGGGCCUGGCGCGGGAGCUGGAGGAGUUGCGCUCCGAGAACGACUAUCUCAAGGAUGAGAUCGAGGAGCUGCGUGCAGAGAUGCUGGAGAUGAGAGACGUCUACAUGGAGGAGGAUGUCUACCAGCUGCAAGAGCUCCGGCAGCAACUGGACCAGGCCAGCAAGACCUGUCGCAUCCUGCAGUACCGACUGCGCAAAGCGGAGCGCCGCAGCCUGCGCGUGGCACAGACUGGGCAGGUGGACGGCGAGCUCAUCCACAGCCUGGAGCAAGACGUCAAGGUGGCCAAGGACGUCUCUGUGCGGCUCCACAACGAGCUGGAGGUGGUGGAGAAGAAGAGGAUCAAGCUGGAGGAGGAGAAUGAAGACCUGCGCCAGAGGCUGAUCGAGACAGAGCUGGCCAAGCAGGUGCUGCAGAACGAGAUGGACAAACUGCGUGAGAAUUCGUUGAAGAAAAGGGGAUCUCGUUCUGUGGGGAAGACUGAAAAGAAGCCUUCAGUCCAGGAGGACAGCGCAGACCUAAAGUGUCAGCUGCAUUUUGCGAAAGAGGAGUCCGCUCUGAUGUGCAAGAAACUAACGAAGUUAGCCAAGGAGAACGACAGCAUGAAGGAGGAGCUGGUGAAAUACCGCUCCUUGUACGGGGACUUGGAGAGCUCUUUGUCCAUAGAGGAGCUGGCGGACUCCCCUCAUUCGCGAGAGGCAGAACUGAAGGCCCAUCUGAAGCUCGUUGAGGAAGAAGCCAACAUCCUGAGUCGGAGGAUCGUGGAGCUCGAGGUUGAAAACCGUGGGCUGAGGGCAGAGAUGGAUGACAUGAAGGGACAAGGUGACAGAGAGCUGAUGGGGCAGGACAUUCGGUUUGCUUUCUCCUCCACCAGCUGUGGGGACUCUGGGGAGAGCCAGGUGGAGCUGAGGCGACACCUGCAGUUCGUGGAAGAGGAGGCCGAGCUACUGAGGAGGUCGCUGAUGGAGCUGGAAGACCAAAACAAGCUCCUCAUGAAUGAGCUGAACAAGUACAAGUCGGACCACGACCUGGACAUUACCCUGUCGGAGGACAGCUGCUCGGUGAUCAGCGAGCCGUCCCAAGAGGAGCUGGCCACGGCCAAGGUGCAGAUCAGCGAGCUCAGCGGCAAGGUGAAGAAGCUGCAGUACGAGAACCGCGUGCUGCUCUCUAACCUUCAGCGCUGCGAUCUGGCCUCCUGCCAGACCACGAGGCCGAUGAUGGAGACCGACGCUGAGGCUGGCGAUUCUGCGGACUGCAUCCCGACCCCUCUCUGGAGAGAGGUGCCCGUUGGAGGAGAGAGUGAUGCCAAGGACCGCCCUGAGAGAGGGCCCGGCAACGGCAACGGGAAGUCUCAGGGCAACAGCCCCACCCGGCUGUUCAAAUCCAAGGACUUGGAGACUCUGCUUGGCAUCCGGGACCAGGCCGCACUUGUUAGCAAAGCCAUCGACGUCUUGAUUUCGGACUCCAAUGGCUUCACCUCCAGCCUGAAGGUGUGUCUGGACAAUGACUGCAUGGACCUGGUGCUGAGCGAGCCGGUGGAUAACAACAGUGAAAGCACCAGUGACUCCAAGCUGAUCAACAUGAUCUUUGUGAGGCUCCGUGUCCUGCAGCAGGAGCUGAGCUCCUUCAUGAGGAAGGUGGAUCACAUUGGGGACUGUUGGAAAGAGCAGAUGGACCCUUUCUCCUUCCUGCCCAGCUGCGGUCCCCAGGACUCUCCCAAAGGAGCACUGCGCAAAGAGCACAGCUCCGACUUCCAGCAGCCAGACUUUAGGGACGGCCCGGACUGGGACGCCGCGGGGAGCCGGCCCCCUGACCUGUACCGCAGCAACAACACCAUGGACGUGGACUCCAAUGUGAAACUCCCCAGGAACUACAAGUCCUACCGAUCUGACGAGAACGACUCCUAUGUCACCGAGAUCAAGGAGCUGCAGCUGGUGCUGGCUGAAGCCAACGAGAGCCUGCGGGGCCUGCAGGAGCAGCUCACCCAGGAGAGGCAGCUGAGGAAGGAGGAGCUGGAGAACUUCUCCCAGAAGAUCUGCCAGCUGCGGGAAGACCAGCAGAAGGCUCUCCUGAGGCGGGAGUUUGAGCUGCAGAGCCUGAGCCUCCAGAGGCGGCUGGAGCAGAAGUUCUGGAGCCAGGAGAAGAACCUCCUGGUGCAGGAAUCCCAGCAGUUCAAGCAGAAUUUCCUGCUUCUCUUCAUGAAGCUCAAGUGGUUCCUCAAACGCUGGAGACAGGGGAAGAUCCUUCACAGUGAGGGCGAUGGCUUCUUGGAGGUGAACAGCAUGAAAGAGCUGUACCUGCUGAUCGAGGAGGAGGAACUCACCCCACAGCAGCAGGCCGAUAACAAGACGUGUGCCGGAGACACCUGGACCCAGAACACGCCCAAUGAGUACGUCAAGACCCUGGCAGACAUGAAGGUGAUCCUGAAGGAGCUGUGCACGGAGCUGCGUGAGGAGAGGCGGGGCAUGAAUGAGCUGCAGCAGCAAUUUGCCAAGGCCAAGGCUGCCUGGGAGGUAGAGCGGACUGAGCUCAAGUGCCACAUCGCCCAGCUGGAGUCAAAGGUUGGGAAAGGGGUCCCGGAGCGAGCCCCGUCAGACUGGAAAGUGGCUCUGAAGAGGGAGCGAGAGGAACACCAGCACCUCCUGGCCGAGUCCUACAGCGCGGUCAUGGACCUCACCAAGCAGCUGCAGAUCAGUGAGAAGAACUGGAACCAGGAGAAGCUGGAGCUGCUGGACAGGUUCAAGGACGAGCAGCAGCAGGCAGAGCAGCAAGUGAAAGAGCUGCAGAACAAAAUCAACCAGCUGCAGAAGGGAGCCGACCGGUGGGCCGUGGAGAAGCAGGGCAGCAACUGGAAAGAGACGCUCAACGAAAAGAUCACCGACAAAGAGACCGUUUCUGAAACAGACCCCAAGGGAGCCAGUUUAAAAAGGACGAAGUCCGUUUCCUCGAUGUCUGAGUUCGAAAGCUUGCUCGACUGUUCUCCCUACCUUCCAGGCAAGACCAGCCCUGUGAUCCCUGACCACGCACGAGGCAAGGUGUCCCCAGCCACACAGCUACUGCCUAAUGGCAUAACAGACCCUGCAGGAGUCCACCCUAAGAACUGUACAUAUGUGACUACAGAGCAACCUGCCCCUGAGAGCCUGGCAAAAGAGAAGCCGGUCAUUUCCUCAUGGGAUUAUUCCCGGGCAAACAACCUCUCUGGGCAGGAUCCAGCCCAGAAGCAAAUGCAGAGGAGCUACACGGCACCAGACAAGACUGGGAUCCGCAUCUAUUACAGCCCUCCGGUGGUGCGAAGACUGGAGGCGCCGCUAAUCCACAACAAGGAGGGGAAGAUCAUGACUGAGCCGGGCUUCCUGUUCACAAUGGCCAAGCCGACAGAGCUGGAGGAAUCCGACCGCUCGGAGAACACGUACAGCAGGUGGCUGUGCAACUUCUCCAAGCAGCACCGCGAGCUGCUGGACAGCCGCAGUGCUGACAAGGCUGGGCCCUCCGGCCCCAGGUUCCCAGCCUCCCUGCACGAUUUUGAGAUUUCCGGCAACAUGAGCGACGACAUGAAAGAGAUCACCAACUGCGUGCGGCAGGCCAUCCGCUCCAGCUCGCUGGAGAGGAAGGUGAAGAGCACCUCCAGUCAGACCACGGGUCUGACAACCGUCGGCACCCAGACCAUUCAGAUGGUGAGUGUCGGCCUGCAGACAGACACGCCCCGGGGAAACCUCCACAGCAAGAGCUGGUCCCCACGCAGCUCCUCCCUCAUGUCUGUGCGUAGCAAACAGAUUUCUUCGUCUCUGGACAAAGUCCACUCCAGGAUCGAACGGCCCUGUUGUUCUCCCAAGUAUGGCUCCCCAAAGCUCCAGAGACGGUCUUCCUCCAAGCUCGACAAUUCGAAGGACAGAAGCCUGUGGAACCUUCAUCAGAGUAAGCAAAAUGGGUCGGCCUGGGCUAGGUCGACCACAACCAGAGACAGCCCGGUCCUCAGUAACAUCAACGAUGGCCUGUCCAGCUUGUUCAAUGUUGUGGAGCAUUCUGGGAGUACAGAGUCCAUCUGGAAACCAGGCUGUCCAGAGAGCAAAGCCAAGCCAGAAGCCCCGAAAUAUGGCAUCGUGCAAGAGUUCUUCAGGAACGUGUGCGGGAGGGCUCAGAGCCCCACUUCUGCCCUGGAGAAGAAAGAAUCACCGGGAGAUGAUGGCACCAAAAAGCAGGAUCACUCCCAGCCAGCCACCUGCCAUCCAUCUGAAAAUGUCUCCCGGAGCUUAAACAAGAAACUCCCGAAGCAAAGCAGCAGCGAGGAGCCCAAGGCGUCUUCCCCAAACCAGGGGAGCAAAGAUGGGGCCCCAAGGGACCUGGACAUCACAUCUGUGAUAGCCAAUGAGGACACAGCAUGCGACUGCAGCUCCCAGUCCCUCACCUCCUGCUUCGCCCGGCCCUCCCGCUCAGCUGUCCGGCACUCCCCUUCCAAGUGCAAGCUGCAUCCCUCUGACCCCAGCCGGGCGGAGGAGAAGGCAGGGCCUCUGAGUGAGUGAGUGAGGGCAGCGGGGACUGGGCUAAGCCGUGUCUGCUUUCUGCGGCCCUGACGAAAGAGCACGCUUCCCGCCUGCGCCAGCUCCGCCGCAGCCUGCGGGACCCACCCGCCCGCCCCGAGAGAGCUGUGCUGGGGUCCCAGUGGGCCCCUCGCUCUCGCAGAGACACAGGCGCAUGCACAUCUGUCUCCUAACUGUUCCCCAGCUGAUGGGGGCGCUUAAGAAGCAGAUGCUGCAGGAUAGUCGGGAACGGAGGCUUCCAGCGUUAUGCCUGGACCCGGUUCCAGGGACGGAGGGGAAGUUACUCUGGGCGGGUGUCUCCUGACCCCCAGGAAGUAGCCUGCCAGCCUCACUGCUCCUGCAAGGGAAGGAUGAUUCCAGGAGAGAGGAGGGCGUCCCCAGAGCCUGGGGUGGGGAGCUCUGUGCAAUUUCCAUAGACCUGCACUUCAGGGAGACCGACUGUUCCCAUGCAGCUGGCGGAGGGUGGGGGGGGAAUGAAGAGAUGGGCCCUGCUUGCCCUGGGAUGUGGGAACUGGGAACCACCGCCCUGCAGCAGCCUCUGGAAAGCCGGCAAAGCUAAGGCCCCGAGCCUGGGACUCCUUGGGGCCGUGCUGCUGACAAGCGCCCUGGAGAGGAAUCAGCAGCCGGAGUGUGGAGAGCAGCUGGGUCAGCGCUCAGAGGAAAUGCCCCGGGCAUGCUGUCACUGCA